AUGUACAAAAGCCGACUCCACUUCAUCGAGGUUCUCGCAAACUCGCUGUCCCGUCCCACUAGCGACUUCUACAUGCUGUCCAAUUCCGAACUGCUCGCCCUUGGCCGAGAACACAGCCACCACUUCGGAGAGGCGGGAGAGCUUCCCGACAAUUGCUACACUGGACUGGCGAGGCGGGUGCUGAAAGUCCUGCAACACUUCAACUAG